UUGAGUUUUCCUUCCUGUCAUUUGCCGGGCCAGCAGGUGCUCCAACCGUUUGAGCCUGCCCUGCCAUCUCAGUGCUCGUCACGCUGUCGCACCUCACUACCUCCCACCACUCACCACUUUGAAGUCUGUCCAAUAUUGUGCCCAUGUUUUCUCCAGCCAUAAGUCGAUUCAAACAUGCCGAUAUUUCAUGAUCCGCAAGGCAGUCCGCCCGGGCGGACUGCAUCACGCCAGAUGUCGUCAGCUGAACCUCCAAAGGAAAUCAUGCCAAACCUCGACGACGUGACACCCAUGAGCGGCCUGUCUUUGGAGAGCAUUCUGAGACUCGGUAGUGCAGACGAACCAGUCGGCCACGACAUACGACCAACUUCGCGGGAUCGUAAUGGCCUGAUCGAGCGCAUCAAGCGAGUGAAGAGUCCUUUGUGGCAAUUUCGCCAGGACAACAGCAGCCGCCACGAACGUACCCUGGAAUCUUCACGACCCUCUUCUCGCGACCGUGCGAAGACGCCCACCCUUUCUAGCGAUUCCAAAGUGUUGCGCACAGCGACACCUGAUCAGCUGUCCGAUCAUGCGUCAGCUGGGUUGGAGAUUGCGCGCCCCCGCUCAGCUCUACAUUCUGGAGAUUUCCGUGAGCGAGAGAGGGGCCCCGGUGCAGGUGGCGCACCUUUGUCUGCCCUGUUAGCAACGUCUCCCGUCGUGCCGUGGGACCGUUCCUUUCCUGCAGCUGCGAUCCCUGCAUCCCAACUUGCUCCACACUACUCACCCAGCGACACUGUCAAUUAUGACUCUCCCCCAGUCUCGUGCGCGCGAGCGAUAUCGCAGUCGCCUUCGACCUCAUUCGCAUUCAUGCCGCCCACAAGUCCGUUGGUGCAACAGCUGAAUAAUACUGACUUGGACUUCACAUCCCGGCCGAGCUCCAGAAACGGCUCAAGAAGCCCGGAUCGCAGCAAUCGGCGUCACACCUUUUCGCCCGACUCUUCCCAGCACUACCAAACGACACAAAUGGCAAGAUCCGCGUCUGGUACGCCUGCAGCACGGCACUUACGACGCAACGGGGCCAUGCCCUACCAGGCCCAUCAGCCCAGGCGAUCGGUGACCUCUUUCAGUCAGCUCGAGCCACACUCCAUCCCGCGGACGCCAUCUGCUGUUCGAAGGCCUUCCAUCUCAGAUGCUUCUCCUUUGCAACAUGCUCCUAUGGUUGGUUCGUAUGAAGAGUCGAUAUUGCGCGGUCGAAUGUCUACAACUCCUUCUCGGCCUCUUGACUUCGUCGCUAAAAUUGGCGUGCUUGGAAGGGGGCAGUGCAAAUCAAGCCUCAAGUGCCCACCACACGUGACAGUUCCCUUUCCAGCUGUAUUUUACAGCUACAACACAGGGAACGGUCGAAUAUCUGACAACGAGCCAAGUCCUUACGUUGGCCUUAUCGAUCUGGAGCACUCGCUGGUCCCACCAGCAGAUAGCGAGCCUAGUAAGCGCAAACGGCGCCCGACUGCGCCAGAGCUGGAUCACAAUAGUCUCGACUCUCGACUUCAGUUCGAUGACGAGCAUGUUGGCGAGACUGCGACGGCUGAGCUGCGACGCAAGGAAAAGAGGAAGCGUAGACCAACGUCUCCUAAAGCGCCGCCAGGGGGCUGUUAUCGCAUACCAGCCGAAGGCCAGCUACAGAUCGUUCUCAAGAACCCGAACAGGACUGCAGUCAAGCUUUUUCUUGUACCAUACGAUGUCUCAGAUAUGGAACCUGGCCAAAAGACAUUCGUCCGCCAGCGUAGCUACUCCGCUGGGCCCAUCAUCGACAUGCCUUUGGCUUCGCGGAAGAAUUACGGAACAGAUCGACCCGAAGCCGCCUUAAGUCACUCUGAUGAUCCAAGAGACCGACCCAUUUUGCGAUAUCUCAUUCACCUACAUAUUUGUUGCACUGGAAAGGGGCGUUAUUAUUUGUACAAGAGCAUCCGAGUCGUCUUCGCUAAUAGAGUGCCGGACGGAAAGGAGAAGCUUCGCAACGAGAUUCAACAGCCCGAGCCGAAGUACAGCACCUAUAAACCUUCACGGGAUUCAACUAUACAACCUCCCUCUUCACCGAGCGCGUCAUUUGUUACCGAAAGAGCUCGUAGGCGUCAAAGCACAGCAUGGCCACUCUCUCGGUCUCAGCAAAUGUACGACCAGAUGGACGGUCUCUCGCAGAACCCGCAGUUGCCACCGCCUGCCGUGCGUUUUACUGGCGGCCCCUUGAGCUCUUCGGCAAAUGGAGACUAUGGCUCGAGCAUCCCACUCAUGCAGCCCAUACCUUUCCAUCUUACACGUCUAGCUGCAAUCGAGUCACGUCCCGUCUCUCGCGAACAGAUGGAUGUUGACCCCAAGAGCCCCUUUCGGUCGCCGCUCGCGUCGCCGCCGCCAGGUCUGAUUGUUUCCAUCUACCAGGAAGCGACCUUUGGAAAACUCAACAAGGGCGAUCUAGGUUAUGGUGGCAACGCCUUCUCUCCCCUCGGGAGCCCAGCUUCGCCGCCCGCUGCUGGCCUCUUAGCGCAACGGCUGCGUGGGCUGGAGGUGCAGCCGGACGAAGAGCUUGGGUAACAGCUGCACGCGUUUAUCUGCCUGUCCAUUUGUUAACAUUCUAUCCUUACACACAGCAAUUGCGCAUUGAGUACAUAAUACCCCUGGCUCUCGCCACCCCUUGUUUAUAUGUUUUUAGAUGGAAUUGCCUGUCAUGGGCUGCGAAGGCGUGUUGAUAUGGUUUCACUGCACCUAGGUUGGAUACUUCUCAAUAUGACCUAUUGUUGCAGCCUUGUGCGACCGAAUGACCUGCCUCAUAGUCAUCUGCGAGAGGCAACAGACGGGGUGCCUCCCUUGCUUUUCAGA